AUGGUCUUUUGGGAUACAGAUCCAGUGGAUCCCUGCGCCGCCAAAACCAACGGUCUUAAGGCGGCCGUGAACUCAAGCAACGCCUUCACCGGCAUAGUGGUGCCCACACAGGGAUGGCAACUGGAACUCCUUAAGAUGCCAUUCUCGACAUCCCUGGAGGACAUCCAGACUAUAUUCACCAAAUACGGGGCCAUCGAUAAAGUGGCGCUCGUUUUCAAAAUGAAGGACUCGUCGCUGAAUUGCUACGUGAGUUUCGACAGGGAGUCGGACAGCCAGGACGCCCUCAAGGAAAAUGGCCGUAAGGUGGGUACGGAACUCAUAUCUGUCAUCAAAUACGUGGACACCAACGGAGAUAAAGGCAACAAAAGGCUGCGAACCGACGACAACUCCUCCGGAGGGGACGGCGGAUGGGGUACGACGGCUGCCACCACCACCACGUCGUCGGACGGUUGGGGCUCAUCAUCCGGUGGUGGAGGCGGCGGCGGUUGGGGCGACAGCAGCUCCGGCGACAGUUCCCGUGGAGGAAGAGGUGACGGCAGAGGUCGUGGUGGCCGUGGAGGAGGGGGCGGAGACCGAGGUUGUUUCAAUUGCGGCGAAACGGGACACAUACGCGGACGCGGACGCGGAGGUAGAGGUGGCGGCGCCUCGUCUUCAGGCGGAGGUUGGGGUGACUCGUCUUCGGGAGGCGGAGGCGGUUGGGGUGACAGCGGAUCCACAGCCACCUCAUCGACCACUACCACGGCCUCCGAUUCCUGGGAUUAA